AUGGACUCUCUGCCCCAAGAAAUAUUGGAUAACAUCCUCGGUCGCAUACCUGCGCGAGAGAGCGACAUCCGAAAUGAAGAACUUUGGGAGCUCCAAGAAUGGACGGAUGUUAACUCGGAAGCAUUCGACCGGAUCUUGCGGCCGUGUGCCGCACAUUUCAGCUGGGCAUCGAACGGGCAACCUUUCGCUCACUCCGAAUCACAAGUGACGACUUCAAAUUUCGUCCGAGAUGCCUUUAAACGGUGCCCCAACCGCCAGACCUCACUACGCGAGCUGCGCGUGGACAUUGUAACACUCGAAUACCGGCACAGCUCAGGACCCUCGGAUAUCGUCGAGAACAUGGCACACUGCGACAUUGCUCAUACCGAGAUUCUGAAAGAGUUGAUGCUUAUGCUGUCCGAAUAG